AUGAACGGCAGCUGCACAGGAAGUCAGGAAAGCAAAGCUGACAGCGCGUGGCUUCCCAACGUGCCCAGUAAGUGCACAUGGACAGCUGCAACGCCUGCCACCAAGUCUCCACACUCCUGUAUGCCCUUGCCAGAAGAAACAAAAAUCUUGCCCAACAUCCUGAAGAAAAUUGGUGGCACCCCAAUGGUCCGAGUCAACAAGAUUGGGAAGUCCUAUGGGCUCAAGUGUGAGCUCUUGGCAAAAUGUGAGUACUUCAACGCGGGGGGCAGCGUGAAGGACCGCAUCAGCCUGAGGAUGGUGGAAGACGCAGAGAGAGCCGGGAUUAUAAAACCGGGAGACACGCUGAUCGAACCCACUUCAGGAAACACAGGAAUCGGGCUGGCACUGGUAGCUGCAGUGAAAGGUUACCGCUGCAUCAUCGUCUUGCCGGAGAACAUGAGUAUGGAAAAGGUCGAUGUUCUGAAGGCACUGGGUGCUGAAAUUGUGAGGACGCCGUGCGCCCGCUUUGAUGCCCCGGAGUCUAACAUUCGUGUUGCCUGGAACCUGAAAAGUGAAAUCCCAAACUCUCACAUCCUCAAUCAGUACCGAAAUCCAAGCAACCCCCUGGCUCAUUACGACACCACAGCUGAGGAGAUCCUGGAGCAGUGUGAAGGCAAGGUCCACAUGGUGGUGAUUGGGUCUGGCACAGGAGGCACCGUCACUGGUGUUGCCAGGAAGCUGAAGGAGAAAUGCCCAGAGUGCAAGAUCAUCGGCGCAGAUCCUGACGGCUCCAUCGUCGCUCUGCCCAGUGAGCUGAACCAGAUGGACACCACGGCCUCUGAGGUGGAGGGCAUUGGGCAUGACUUUAUCCCAACCGUCCUUGACAGAUCAGUGGUUGAUCAGUGGUAUAAAUGCAACGACAGAGACUCGUUCCUCAUGUCUCGCAGGCUGAUUAAAGAGGAGGGAUUGUUGUGCGGUGGCAGCUCAGGCAGUGCCAUGUCCGUCGCUGUGCGGGCUGCCAGGGACCUGAAGGAAGGUCAGCGCUGCGUCGUCAUCCUGCCCGACUCCGUCAGGAACUACAUGUCCAAAUUUUUGAAUGAUAAGUGGAUGAUAAAAAAUGGUUUCCUAAAGGAUGUCCAGGAGCACAAGCCUUGGUGGUGGGACAUCAAGGUACAGAAACUGAAUCUCUCAGCCCCUCUCAUUCUCCUCCCAGAAGUCAGCUGUCAAAAGGCAAUUGAGAUCCUCCAGGAGAAGGGAUAUGACAAAGCUCCUGUUGUUGCUGAAUCAGGAAUUAUUUUGGGAAUGGUGACCCUCAACAACACCCUCACCUCCGUACUGGCUGGAAACGCACAGUUCUCAGAUCCCGUUACGAAGGUCAUCUGCAACCAGUUCUCAAAGAUUGGCCUGGAGGACAGCCUCAGGAAGCUUUCCUGCAUCCUGGAGAACGACCAUUUUGCUAUCGUUGUACACGAGCAAAUGCAGUUCCCCCCCAAUGGCAGUUCCUUCACGAAGCAGACGGUGUUCGGUGUGGUCACAGCAGUGGACCUCCUCACCUUUGUCGGCAGAAACGACGCGAAGUAG